AUGAUGGAGGACGGUCUCAACGUGGACGAAUUGUUUGGGGAACCCACCUCACUCGAGUUGGGUCUGCCACCGCCCGCCUCCACCAAAGGGCUUGCUCAGCGUCUGGAUGAAUUGAGAUUACUAGGGUGCUGCCAGAAGAUUGCCUGGUCAAGGCAGGGGUGCAUCGCUUAUAUCACCCCGGAUUCAUUGCGGGUGAAUCUCCGUCACUUGGAGUGCCGUCCGUCGGAUGGCAAGUGGAUUCUCAGCGAUGAGACGCCUCUGAUUCCCGUCACCGAAGCCCAUGGUGGUCAUCCCCUAGCCCAUCUGUCCUGGAACGAGGUCGGUUCGGAAUUGGCCGUGGUCGAUGCGUCCGGCCGCGUCUCGAUUUAUAACAUCGCGAUUGCUCUGAAUAGUCUGGCUGGGCAGCGGCAAGCGGCGUUUGAUCCGGUUGACGAUGGAGCCCAGAUUGUCGGAAUGAUGUGGCUGAAUGUGCAGCGCUCGGUGCAUGCUUUCAACCAAGCGGCCAAGGUCCAAGGUCGUUGGGCUUAUUCACCCUUUCGACGCCGCCCCAUCGGCCCACUACAUCCAGCCGGGAAAGCAGCCCUGGUCUGUAUCACCAGAUCGGGCAUGAUUCGACUUCUGUAUCAGAACCCGGAUGGUCGAUGGGCCGAGAUUUCUGCGGAAUUGAAGAACGCCACCUACUCGGACCGACAGCUGACCCAUGCGGCCAUAGGGGCCGUUCAGGGCGGCAUUCUCGUCGCUACUUAUUCGGCAUGCCAGAACUUUUGCUUCUACCGGGUGCAGAUCAACUGGACUCCGUCACAAUGGGACCCGAGUCAGCUGAAGCUAGCGCCGAAUCAGUUCCCGGUCCCCAGUUUUCGUUUCAUGCACGCAAAAGUCGAAACGUCCUACAGUAUACCGUGCACGACCCGGUGGGCAGGACCAAAUUCUGGGGCGCUCCCUCCAUCCACAAACUCCUUGUAUUGCCUGACCCAUUUGGAUAUCUUUUUAGCGGCGCACGACAAUUCCGCUGGGAUGACGAUGAAUCCUUGGAUCGUUGCUGUUUUCUCCAUACCUCCCCAUGCUGUGGCCGACCACUCUCAACAGAACCCCUCCAGUGUUAUCGUUCGAUGGCAAUUGGAUUCGGCCCCCCCAAAAUUGCACCCGAAGUUUGAUGAAGUGACUUCGGAGAAGAAUAAUCCACAGAUUAAACCAAGGACGGUGCUGUGUCGACUGGAUGAUAUCCAGUGCGAUCGAUACAUUAUAUCGAUAGAUCAGACGGAGUUCGGAAAUGUCCUUGCCGUUGUCUAUGAUGACAGUUCCAUUGCCUUUUAUGACCCAAAGACAAUGACUAUUAUCAAUGGACUGGAUGACACGAAUACAAUAACGAGUCUGGUUCAGGGGGGUUUUCGCUACCCGCCCGAUUCUCCAGGGCUUCAUGUUGAUUUUUCGCCCAGUGGCUGCGUGGCCAUGAUGCUGGACAGCGACGGACAAGUGCAACUUCGAGUCAUGGAGCAUUCAUACGGGGCGGAAGACGGGCUUCCGGAUGAAAAUAAACUAUCCGCCGCCAUCGCCUCUUUGACGCUAGCCUUUUGCCGUGGCUGUGGGAGCGAGCUCAAUACAGACGAUAUACUGAUGAUUCUAAGACGCCAAGUGUCGCCUGCGACGUUUAUCAACGAAGUAUAUCGCGCGCUGGCUGUCAAUUGCAAUUUUACCCAGGAAAAUGAUAAACUUAUGAGCCAUCAGUAUCUUCCUCGUUGCCUCAGCAUACAGGCUGCCUUGGGAUUCAAGGAUAAAUACAAGGCACGAAGCUUUGCAUCCAAUGUUCCCUGGACUAUUCUUCAACUCCGCCAUGCUUCCGUACUAUAUGCCUUGUUUCUCCAAUUCAACAAGGGAAUUCAAACAGAACCUCCAGAUGCCGACGCUUUGCGCAUUUUACUCGGAAAUACGAAAUGGGCCCUGGAUUUCCUGAAUUAUAUUCUGAACGAACUGCUCGAUCUAUCAGACGAGUUUGAAACCGUGUUCUCUGACCAAGAGGCGUUUGCUCAGAAACUAAAAUCCACAAACUCCCUCCCCCUCGUCAUCCUCCUAUCCAGCAUGUCCCGCGCUUUCCUCCGUUUCAUCUGUCGCGGACUCCAAGGAAUCUACGCCGGUUACGCCGCCGCCCCUGUCACCGGCGACGCCCGCGUCUACUACGCUGAAGUCUGCCAGACUCUAGACGCCUCUCCGGUGCGAAUAGACGUCUACCAGAAAUUCAUCACCGGCGUGGACACGGCAGUCAGACAUGUUUACCACGGUGCCGGGUUCGGGGACACGGAGCGUCCCGGCCCGGAAAGGGAGUUACUCGUCAACGCUCGCAUCUCCCCCGUCCUCAUUUCCGCCGUCGUGACGAUCCUCCGCGAGACCGUGCCGGCGCUGAAACCUGAAAUUGACCGCAUGGCCAUCUACACGGCCGAUUAUAGCUGGUUAGGACUCGGCACCGAUCGUCGCGCUGAGUGCUAUCGCAGGGCUCGAGACGUCGAUAUCAUUAAGAAGAUGCCGGUACGAGCGCCCGUUUUGCCACCCAAUGGCUCGGAUCAUCAUCAGCAGCACCAGGAACAUCUCCCUGGGAAAUCCACCGGCUUCGGUGCCCCGUCCAAGGGACAGGUCCGUAGGCGAUGUGUUCGCUGCUGCGAGGUCUUGUGUGGUCAACCCGUCAUCUUUAUAACGGCGUACCCCGUUCCCGUUUAA